AUGGACUAUGAAGCCGUGGGUGGCGAUCGGUACGACGACGAGCCUCCUCGUUAUGAGCGCGAUAACAGAAGCGCCUCUCCCCGUCCUAUUCGCGACGACAACGACGGCAUUCGCCGCCGUUCUCAUUCUCCCAAUGGCAACGCUGAUGCGCCUCCCAAGGACUCAUCGGCCUCCAAGGACGAUGACGAUGGCGCCAUCAACCCGGGCUCCAAUCUCUUUGUGACUGGAAUCCACCCCCGCCUGACCGAGGCCGAAGUCUCCAAGAUGUUUGAAAAGUACGGCGACGUCGAGAAGUGCCAGAUCAUGCGUGACCCGCACACCAAGGAGUCCCGCGGAUUUGGCUUCGUCAAAAUGGUCACGUCCGAUCAAGCCGAAGCUGCCAAGGAAGGCCUCCAGGGCGAACAGAUUGACGGCCGUACCCUCAGCAUCGAAAAGGCCCGUCGUGCCCGACCACGCACUCCGACUCCCGGCAAGUAUUUUGGACCGCCCAAGCGAGAGGAGCCUCGUGGCCGUUUUGAUGACCGCCGACGUGGAGGCUACGGCGGCGGCGGCGGCGGCGGCGGUUACGGUGGUCGCGACGAGUAUCGCUACCGGGGCAAUGAUCGAGGCCAUGGUUACGACCGACGAUAUGAAGAUCGCGGCUACGACCGCGGUUACCGCGAUGAGCGUCGAUAUGAAGAUCGGAGCCAUGGACGCGAUUACGACCGAGGAUAUGAACGCCGCGAUCGCGGCGGCGACGACUACUACGGACGCGAGCGACACGGUGGCCGCGAAGACCGUGACCGCUAUGGUCAGCGAGGCAACGCCGGCGGCUAUGAUCGCGAACGAUACGAUCGCCAGGGCGAUCGCGAUUCGGCUCGAACCCGGGAACCAAUCGGAUCUGGCUAUGGCGACUCUGCCGCCCGAUCUGAAGUCCGCGAGCCCUACGGAGGUUUGGAGUACUGA